GAGGCGGGGUCUUGAACAUACGGCAUGCGGAAGCUUUCUUGUAUUAUAACAUUUGACAACACUUGUACUGUGCAAAAUGUGGCUCGCUGUUGUCAUAAUAUGUAUAGCUUUAGUUGCUGUUCUUCUCAAAUAUGUGUUGGGAACUGGACCGAACCCUUUUGACAUCGACACCCGCGAAGCGCCGAAACCCAUAGUGUUUGAUCGGAAGGUGAAGAAUAAAGUUUUAAAGCAAGGCUUUCUGGCAACUAGAAUCCCUCAGGACUUGGACGCAAUAGUUGUUGGCAGUGGCAUUGGUGGAUUGGGAAUUGCUGUCCUGUUGGCUAAAGUAGGUAAAAGGGUUCUGGUUUUGGAGCAACAUGACCGGGCCGGAGGGUGCUGUCACACCUUCACAGAGCAGGGCUUUGAGUUUGAUGUUGGCAUACACUAUAUUGGCGAGCUGCUGGAUCAUAAGCCCAUGCGUUGCAUUGUCGAUCAAAUGACCAAUGGACAAUUGCAGUGGGAGCCAUUGGAUAACCCCUAUGACCAUGUGGUUUUGGGCCCCCCAGAGGAACGUCGCAUUUACCCCAUCUACAGUGGAAGAAAACGCUUCCCAGACGAACUGAAGAAAUAUUUUCCAGGGGAGGAGAAGGCCAUUGAUGAAUAUAUGAGACUUACCAAGAAAGUUGGUGAUGGUGUGUGGUUCAUGGUGCUGCUGAAGCUCGUACCAGUCCCUCUUGCAAAGUUCCUGGUGUACACGGGUCUGGCCAAUCGUAUCUCUUCCUUCUUCCGCUACGCCUCACACACCCUGACCGAGGUGGUGAAUGAGCUCACACAAAAUAAAGACCUGAGAGCUGUGUUCAGCUACAUCUUUGGAACCUAUGGUAAAAUGCCUAAAGAAUCAAGCUUCUCCAUGCACAGUCUGCUCGUGCGCCACUAUCUGAAUGGUGCCUGGUACCCAAAAGGUGGCGCUAGCGAGAUUGCCUACCACAUGAUCCCCAUCAUUGAGAAGGCGGGAGGGGCAGUGCUUGUUAGAGCACCUGUCAACCGCAUACUUCUGAAUGACGCUAAAGAGGCUAUUGGUGUGAGUGUUCUGAAGGGUCAGGAGGAAGUGCACAUACACGCUCCCAUGGUGAUUUCAGAUGCUGGAAUCUUAAACACAUACCAGAAUCUUCUACCCAAAGAUGUGCAGGCCAUGCCUGCGAUCCAGAAACAAUUGAGUAUGGUGCAUAAUGGUGACGGUGGUCUCAGUGUCUUCAUUGGUCUGGAAGGGACAAAAGAGGAGCUGGGUCUAAAAGCAGACAAUUACUGGAUCUUUGCCGAGAACAAUUUGGAUGACGUAGUUGAGGGCUACAUGAAGGGGAAAAGAGAAGAAUCUGUUAAGAGCAUCCCUAUGAUAUUUGUGGCCUCACCCUCUGCCAAAGAUCCCACCUGGGAGGAGAGAUCACCAGGUAAAUCUACUCUGACUGUUGUUAGCUUUGCUGACUAUGCAUGGUUUGAAGAGUGGAAGGAUGAUAAAGUGAAGAACCGAAAUGCAGAAUAUAAAGAAUUGAAGGAGACUGUCAUCAAUACUAUCUUGGAAAGGGUGACACAGAUCUAUCCUAAGAUCAAGGACAAGAUUGUAUACGUGGAUGCAGGGACCCCAAUCACGAAUCAACACUAUAUCGGCGCAUCUAAAGGAGAGAUCUACGGUAUAGAUCAUUGCCUUUCUCGCUUUACAGUAGAAAUGAACGCGGCCAUCAGACCACAUACUCCUAUUAAAAACCUCCUCCUCACUGGUCAGGACGUAAUGUUAUGCGGCUUCGCCGGAGCGUUGGCGGGGGCGCUGACGUGUGGAUCGGCCAUUCUGAAUCGCAAUCUUCACCUGGAUAGCAUUGCUCUUGCUAAGAAGGUUAAGAACAAGAACAAGAAGAUAUAAUAAGUAGUUUGUAAUCCUGCCCAGUCAGUAUCAGCUGACUUUUAAUUGAAGGACAAUUCUUGUAUAAUCUUAAAAUGUUUUAAGAGUGUGGACAUAUUCUGUGUGGGCCUACUUCAUAAUCAUUACCAAGAGCUAUUAAACAGAGGACAGAGGUUAUCUUUGAGAUUAAUGGAAUAUUUAUAAACUACUACUCAAAACCCAACAUCCGUUUUAUUAGUUGUGUCUUAUUAGUUAAACUGUCAGACAUCUUGAAUUUACAAGGAGGAAACCAUUAAAGGGAAACAAAUUUGUUUAAGCUUUUGUGAUAUUGUACACUUGCUGUAUCAAGAUGUCAUCAUAUUUGUUUCAUCAAUUAAAUCUACUUCCUGUUCAUCAAUAUGCAAAACACUAAAAAAGGGCACUUAGCACAGACUGCAUGCAAACUGGAGUUUACAAAUUGAAUGUAAUGCAUUUCAAUUUUGUGAGAGUAUUAAUGCAGUCUUGCUAAUCCAGAUGUUUUAUCAAAUAAUGAUGCCAUGUGCACAUGUAACCAUUGACAACUAUGCAUCUUACUUACUGUAAUUGAUUUUUCAUUAAAGAAUGAAACCAAGUGUUUAAUAAAUCAAUAAAGUUUUUUUACUAUGUA